AUGGAUCUCCUGCAGAUCGGACGCUGGAUUUCUGCACAAUGGACUCGUUCUGGUUUCUACCUCACCUCCGCCGUUUUCUUGGGCCAAGCGGGCCGCAUAGUCUUUGGUUGUUGCAUGGAGUUCAAUGUGUUGCCAAAAGGGUUGGCAAAACGACAUGAAAUCAUACAUCACCCUGACAGAGUCUUCCCUUGUGUCGCUCAUGUGGCGCAUGUGCGCUGCUCUUUGACCCGCAAAGAAGCUGCGAUGCUGAAGAUAUUACACAUUUCUGGCGAGCAGCUGGCGGAGCUUGGAGAGGAGGAACUGAAUCCAAUCCUACAGAGCGAGAAACCCGUGAGGGAGCUGAAGCAAUUCUUGGCACCUCAACUUGGAGUCACCAAGUUUCGGCUGAGACUUGUACAUGAUGAGCGGGGUGAGUUGCCAGAUGAUGACCGCUUGCCCGAUCGUCCGAAGAGUCUGCAGUUGGUGGUUCUGGACUUGCAGUCUGAGGAUGAGGGCACCAACAAUACGUUCUUGACGGCAUGCCAAGAGAAUCUCCUGACUGAAGUCGAACGGAUGCUUCAUUCUCCAAUAGAUCCUAGUGUGACAGGUCCGGGUGAAGUAGCUGGUUUGCAUUUGGCAUCUCUCAAUGGCCACUUGAAAGUGGUGCAGAGUUUGCUGGAAGCUGGCGCCAAUGUCAAUGCUAUCCGCUUCGAUGGUGCAGGCCCUUUGCAACUUGCAGCCCACAAUGGUCACUUGGCAGUGGUGCAGAGCUUGGUAGAAGCCUGCGCCAAAUUGAAUGUAGGCCGGCAGGAUGGCGCAACUGCUUUGCUCUUUGCAGCACACAAUGGCCACUUGGAAGUGGUGCAGUGCUUGAUUCAAGCAGGUGCUGACCUAAAUAAACCCCGCCAUGAUGACUCAACAGCUUUGCUUUUGGCAGCGCACUAUGGCUACUUGGAUGUGGUGAUCGCGUUGAUCGAGGCUGGCUGUGAGGUAAAUGCUAAAACAAACCAUGGUGCAACGGCAUUGAUUUCCGCAGCGCAGAGUGGCCAUGCGAAGGUGGUGCAAACUUUGCUUGAGGCUGGUGGCAAAAUGGAUGAAGCAGCUGAAAAUGGUGCAACUGCUUUGAUUUUGGCAGCUGAGAAAGGUCACUUACAAGUGGUGCAGACUUUGCUAAAAGCAGGCGCUAGAAUGGAUUCUUCGCCACAAGACAGCGGCUCGGCUUUGCAUAUGGCAGCUCAGAACGGCCACUUAGUAGUGGUGCAAACUUUGCUGAAAGCUGGUGCUGCUGUCAAUGCUCCGGGCUUUGGUGGUGCAUCUGCUUUGCUUUUGGCUUCUCAGAACGGGCACUUGAACGUGGUGCAGACUUUGCUGGAAGCUGGCGCUGUGGUGCAGACUGUGGGACCCGGACCCUCCGCUUUGCGCUCGGCCGCUCAAAAUGGCCACGCCAAGGUGGUGCAAGCUUUGCUGGACGCGGGCGCGGACAUCAAUGCCGUGGGGCCUCGGGGCGCUUCAGCCCUGCUUUUGGCUGCACAGAAUGGCAAGUUAGAAGUGGUACAAACGAUGCUGAAGGCUCGCGCUGACCAGGAGUUGAAGGCCAUCGAUGGUGCCACGCCUUUGCGGGUGGCGGCUCAGAAUCGGCAGGUGGACGUGAUGCGGUGCCUGAUCGAAGCUCGGGCUGAUGUGGAUCCUGGGAAACUCGAUGGCCCAGCUGCCAUGCUCUUGGCCGCGGUGAGUUCGGUGGUGAACGAAGCUCGGAACGAAGCCGCAUGA